UGUUUUGGGUCCAAAGAUCAGUGUGGGAGCCAGCAACUUACAGGCUGCAAACAGGAGCCCGGCAGGGUAUAAAGCCAGGCAGUGAGCAGCCCCAGAGCAGUGCAGUCUCAGCAGAGACCGAAAUCACGCGGCACUCUCAGCUGAGACUGAAGUGUUGAGAGAAAAGGAGAAUGGAGGCCGGCAUGAACGUCCUCCAUGACAUGGGGAUCCAGGCGACUCGCUACCUGCAGGAGCAUUACCAGGGCUCCCAGGACUGGUUCCUCUUCAUCUCCUUCGCUGCCGACCUCAGAAACACCUUCUUCAUCCUCUUCCCCAUCUGGUUCCACCUCUGCGAGGCCGUGGGCGUCAAGCUGAUCUGGGUGGCCGUGAUCGGGGACUGGCUCAACCUGGUCUUUAAGUGGAUUCUCUUUGGGCAGAGACCCUACUGGUGGGUCCGGGAGACCGAUUACUACGGCAACGCCUCCACCCCUGUGAUCCAGCAGUUCCCCCUCACCUGUGAGACCGGCCCAGGGAGUCCCUCCGGCCAUGCGAUGGGCUCUGCAGGAGUUUAUUACGUGAUGGUGACAGCCAUUCUGUCCAUUGCUCUGGGGAAGAAGCAGCCGACGAUUAAAGACCAGUUCUUGCGGACAGCGCUGUGGGCAGGAUUCUGGGCCGUCCAGGUCUGCGUCUGUUUGUCUCGAGUCUUCAUUGCUGCCCAUUUUCCUCACCAAGUCAUCGCAGGGGUCAUCUCAGGCAUGGCAGUUGCUGAAGCUUUCCGGCACAUCCCCUCCAUCUACAACGCCAGCCUCCGGCGGUACCUGGGCACCACCCUCUUCCUGUUCAGCUUCGCCCUGGGGUUCUACCUGCUGCUGAAGGCUCUCGGCGUUGACCUGCUGUGGACCCUGGAGAAAGCCAAGAGGUGGUGUGACCGGCCGGAGUGGGUCCACAUUGACACCACCCCCUUCGCCGGCCUCCUCAGGAACCUGGGCAUCCUGUUUGGGCUGGGGCUGGCCCUCAACUCCCAGAUGUACCUGGAGAGCUGCAAAGGGAAGAUGGGCCAGCAGCUGCCCUUCCGCCUGAGCUGUAUCGUGGCCUCGCUCCUCGUCCUGCACCUCUUCGACUCCUUCAAGCCUCCCACCAAGGUGGAGUUGCUGUUUUACGUCCUGUCCUUCUGCAAGAGCGCGGCCGUGCCCGUGGCUGCUGCCGGCCUCAUCCCCUACUGCGUCGCCCAGGUCCUGAGCCAACAGGAUAAGAAAGCUUUAUAGAAGGAAGGAACUUGGGUAUUUAUGCACACGACAUGUGACAUGUCCCAGGAGCAGAGGCUCCCCCAUGUCUCUGGGUCCCAGUGCCAGGACUGGAACCUGAGUCAGCAGAUACUGGUUUAGCACAAGCCCUUUCCAGGGCGCUCUCCUUGCUAGGUCUGCGGAGGGUGACUCUGUCCGGAGCCCAGCCCAGCCCAGCUCCUGCUCGCAUGGCCAGGGGUGCUCCUGUCUGGCUCGUGCAGGAGAGCUGCUGCCUACGUUACAGACCAUGCCAAUGUGCAGAUGGCUCGGCCGCGGGGCCUGGGAAUCAGCGCGUGGCAGGCAGGAGCCUCCAGAAAGCGUGGCCAUUUCCCCUGCGGGUCGUGCCAGCGCUGUUGAGGGCACAGCCUGGCUUUGCUGCCGCCCCUUGCCGUAUGGGGUGAGAAGGAGAUUGGCACUCUCUGGGCCACAGGACGCUCGCUCCUGCAUGUGCUCUCUGGAGGAUUCCUCAGACAUGGAGGGCAGAGGCUGUUUGUGGGGUGCUAGGUUAGGAGACAAAGCGAGGGCGCAUGGCAGAAAGGCUGGCACGUACCCGCACCCUGGGGCUCACUGGCUUCUGUGUCCCACUAAGUACCCAGUGUCCUGAAAUUACCUUAAUGUGAAACCGUGAUGUGUGUGUGGGGGGGAGUGUCUGUAUAUAAGUGGGGUAUUUUAUUAAAGCCUGAGCUGUAUUUCA